GAAUCAAGAGGUGGUGGAGACACACCAGUGUUGUGGAUACUAAGAUAGUUAGUCUAUUCGGCGCGCGGUGUGCGCAUGCCCAGUGCGGGGGGAGAGAGGCGGUUGUAAAAGUGAAGUUCAGGCUGUGCUGAUUAUUUGAAAGGAAAGCGGGACGAUGUUUGGUUUCCACAAGCCCAAAAUGUACCGGAGUCUGGAGGGUUGCUGUAUCUGCAGGGCCAAGUCAUCCAGCUCCCGCUUCACUGACAGCAAACGCUAUGAGAGAGACUUUCACAACUGCUUCGGAUUGAACGAAACCCGCUCUGGAGAAAUCUGCAACGCCUGUGUUCUUCUGGUCAAAAGAUGGAAAAAGCUUCCUGUAGGGUCCAAAAAGAACUGGAAUCAUGUAGUUGAUGUGCGAGCCGGACCAAAUCUGAAGACCACACUGAAGCCUAAAAAGGUGCAGUCCCUGACCGGCAGCAGAAUAAAAUGCAGUCAGAUCAGCAAACUCAAGAAGCGACUCAAACGGCAAAACUCGGACACUCAUAGUACCACCUCCAGCAUGUCCCCCGCACAAUCUCCCUCCUACAGCAACAACUCAGACGAUGGCUCCGACACAGACAUGGUCCCUGGUUCCACCAGAGUUCCAGUCUUCUCCUUCCUGGACCUCACUUACUGGAAAAGACAGAAAGUGUGCUGUGGCAUAAUUUACAAGGGUCGUUUCGGGGAGGUGCUGAUUGACCCCCAUCUCUUCAAACCUUGCUGCCCUGGCAAAAAGCUAGGAGGUAUAGAGAGCCAGGGGCAGCAGAGGCCAGUGUCUCCAACCGCCUCCAAAGACGAGGAAUGGUGAAACAGCUCAACCAUCGAGUGAGGAGAGGGGAGAGGAACAAUGUUGGGGUUCAAGGAAGCAGGGUCAUGUGGGGGGGAUAUGGACUUUGUCAACGGACAAGACUCCUGAAACCAGCUAACCUGCCGAAAGACUGUUCUCCUGGCUUGUUCUCUCCGUUAUCUGCAGUUUGAUGUGGCUGGCAAAGAACUCUGUAAAUGUUGUGUCAUUUUCUGAAGUUGCACCGUAUCAUUAAGUGAGAGCGAACCUUUCUGUAACGUGAUUUCCCCCGCCCCCCCACCCCACACACACACACACACACACACACUCUCCUCCUGCCCAUGCCCCAGGUUUUAAUUAACCUUGUUUUCCCUUUUUUUUGUUCCACAGAGUGAGUGAGCAAAAUGAGGGA